AUGCGUGUUAAUCAGGUAGCUCAUAACACAGAAGUAUCUGGAACACAUUACAUUAAAUUGAAGUCUCGUUCUUUCCAUGUCAUCAUGAAAGCUUCGUAUCUACACAAGGGCUUGAAUGUUCAUCUUCUAUUUGCCUACAAACAUUUUCCGAAGGGAUGUAAUCUGAUUAACCUUUAUUUUAAUGGUAAAUAUUGGUCUGUCCGUUUAUAUAACUAUGACACCAAAGCUGCAUUUCGUGGCGGUUGGAAAAAUUUUGUUGGAGAUAAUGGUAUUUCAGUUGGAGACUGUUGUGUCUUCAACGUUAGUAAGAAAAAUAGCCCAAUUCAUAUCACAGUGGACAUUUUACGUGCCACACGCAACCAUGCCCUGCCUCUUCGGAAUGGAAGGAAGCAGAGUCCACAUGAAAUAGAAGACAGUACGGCGCCUCAAGCUGCACGUAAUUUCAAGUCUAACUACCCAUUCUACUCUGUGUAUAUGCAUAAAAGCUAUGCACGUAGAGAAGGCAUGAUUGUCAAAGCAGCUUUUGUCCGUAAGCACUUGACGGAUGUAGGUGAUACAGUCACACUCCUGGAUUCACAUGGUAGAAGAUUUGCGAUUGGAUUCGCCCAACGCAAAGGUCAGGGUAGAUUGGGUGCUGGUUGGGCUGAAUUUGCAAAGAUAAACAAUAUACAUUUAGGGGAUGCUUGUGUUUUUGAAUUAAUUGCCAAAACAGAUACUGAAACUGUAUUAAGGACAACUAUUUUCAGGGGAGUUUGA